AUGAGUUCUCUAUCUUUUUGGAAUUAUUCCAAACAGAAAUUCAUACUAUUACUAUGGGCUUUUGUUGUCUAAUAUUUAAUUGGCAGUUCCGCUAGCCACAGAUUACGACAUUAUCGCGUGUCUGGCAGUUCGCGAUCAAAGUGCGGCCACGGGGCGUAUGAGUAAUUUGUUGUCAUAGCUAAGAUUUGAUUGUUGUCAUUCGCUUGGCCGCUGACGAGUGGCGGUACUUCUUCGGCUUUACGCGAAUUCUGCCUUAUCAGUGUAUUGGCUAUGGUAAUGUCACUAUCGGAACUUCCCCAGAAUCGAGUUCAGCUCUUAUCUUAACGAUUCGCGUUUUCAAAGAAAGCUGCGAACAGAUAAGCCGUAACAGGUAGCCGACUAUAAAAGGAAAACGGUACCACUAAAUGUCCACAAUUCGAAAUCGAAAUUCGAAAAGCAAACAAUAUACCCUAUAUAAGAUGAAGCUGCUAAUUUUACUUAACGUCGCGCUGUUGAUCGUUGCCCAGUGCGAGGCACGCGAACUAGGAUCAGGUCGACAGUUGAGCCGCCAGCUGGAUUUGGAUGUGGUGCGUCCCGAGUCACGUAUUGUGGGUGGCACCGAUGCACCUGAGGGCUGGGCGCCCUAUCAGGUCUCCAUAAUGAGCACAUUUGGCGAACAUGUCUGUGGAGGCAGCAUUAUAGCCGAGCAAUGGAUUCUGACAGCCGCCCACUGCCUGGAGUGGCCCAUACAGUAUCUUAAGAUUGUCACCGGCACCAAUGAUUAUACAAAACCGGGCGCGGAGUAUCUGGUGGAUGCGGCCAAGAAGCACUGCCAGCAUGAUCAGCCCAUCUAUCACAAUGAUAUUGCGCUUAUACACACGGCCACGCCCAUUGUCUAUAAUGAACGCACACAGCCCAUCAAAUUGGCGAGCGUGGAUAGUUUGAAAGCAGGCGAUAAAGUCACACUAGCCGGCUGGGGCAGCACCAAAGCCUGGGGCAGAUAUGUUACCCAGCUGCAAAAGAUUGAUCUGGCCUAUGUGGAGCACUCGAGCUGCAAGUCGAAGGUGCGCAAUGCCACCUGGGUGGGCGAGGGACACAUCUGCAGCUUCACCAAGGAGGGCGAAGGCUCCUGCCAUGGCGAUUCAGGCGGCCCGCUGAUCGAUGCGAAUCAAACGCUUGUCGGCAUUGUCAAUUGGGGUGAGGCAUGCGCCCUGGGCUAUCCAGAUGUCUAUGCCUCGGUGGUAUAUUAUCUCAACUGGAUCAGCGAGAUGAUGACUGAGCAGGGCAAGGCCUGUUAGGAGCUGCUAGGCACAGAGCGCAGUAGGAACAAAAGCAAGGCGAAUAAAAGCCAAACCGAACAAAAAUUAGAUGUUAAUACAUAUAUACUUAUACAGCUUUAAAGACUUUAGACCUUAAUUCCAAAUAUUGUUAAUUUUAUCAUACAUACAUAUAUCGCAAAAGAAUAAAAUAUUUAUGAACA